UCUGCAGCACUACUUUCCAAGCCAGCGAAGUCCCCUUUUUGUAGACUGAAGGUAGCUUCACAUGCACAAUCGGCCAACUUUUGGACGAUUUGCUGAUAAAUCUUCAGCCAGUGUUGGACGCAGAAAUUGUCCCGUCCAGAGCUGCCGGGGUGUUAUCAAAGACCUGCAACAAGAAACCACGUUAAAACGGAAGACGACCGCUUGUGUGCCGAGAACAUCUUUUCAGCUCUUCCAUUUGCUCCUGGACUGUCCAGCGACAACAGCCCCCAAAACCAGCAUGCAACUUGAAUUGAAGAAUGUGAAUAUAAGAGCUGGAGAUCAGCUGAAAGUCAAGGGUGUAAUUCCGCAUAAUGCUGAGAGAUUCGAGAUUGACCUCGGCUGUGGUGCAGAGGACCUCGCCCUGCACUUUAACCCUCGUUUCCAUGAUGACACCGACGGAGCCGUUCUUGUUUGCAACUCAAAGGCUGCUGGUUCUUGGGGCAGUGAGAAACGGGAAACACACAACCCCCUACACAGGGGCACAGAUGUUAAGAUGGUGUUGAAGCUGACUGGAGACAUGUUUGAAGUGGAGCUUCCUGAUGGACAAGAAGUACAGUUUCCCAACCGGGGCGGCAUGGACAUCAUCAGCUACAUCAAAAUCGCAGGGGACUUCAAACUGAGGUCUCUAAAGAUCUGCUAAGAGACACUUGUUGUUACUCAUGCAUGGCAUGUUUAUGAAAUAUAAAUCACUAUGAUAAGUAGAUUUUCAGUCAAUCGAAAAAGUACCUUUAUCUAAAAGUGUCCUGUUGUGCACAAGAAUAUUAAAUGUUAAAAUUAAAUUAA